GAAUUCUGCUUCCUUUUUUCACGAUUUUGGUUUUAUAACGGCUUCUGCCUAAAAAAAAAGAGCUGGAUUUUGCAUAAUCAUUAAUGGAGGAAAAUCAGAGAACCAAAUUCAGUAAAAUCUGUGUUUUUUGCGGAAGUCACUCUGGUCACAGAGAAGUUUUCAGUGAUGCUGCAAUCGAACUUGGCAAUGAACUGGAUCAUUCCUAAAGCUUUGAUGCCUAUUGAGGUAUGUUUCAAACUCUACAAACUCUACAGACUUUGUUUUGUUUAUUGCUUGUGGAUUGGAUCGGUUUUAUGCAGAUAUCUGGUGAGACUGUUGGAGAUGUAAGAAUUGUUGCAGACAUGCACGAGCGCAAAGCUGCAAUGGCUCAAGAAGCUGAGGCUUUCAUUGCCCUCCCUGGAGGUUAUGGAACUAUGGAGGAACUACUGGAGAUGAUAACAUGGGCACAGCUUGGUAUUCAUAAGAAGACGGUUGGUCUUUUGAAUGCUGAUGGUUACUAUAACAAUUUACUUGCUUUAUUUGACACUGGAGUUGAAGAAGGUUUUAUUAAACCAGGCGCUCGUAAUAUCGUUGUUUCUGCUCCAUCGGCUAGAGAGCUUAUGGAGAAGAUGGAGCUAUAUACUCCUUCACACAAGCACAUUGCUUCUCACCAAAGCUGGAAAGUUGAACAACUUGGAGAUUACCCACUAAUAAAUCAGAACAGGCCUCAAUGAAACUAAAUUAUAGUCAUGCUUUUGUGCAUAAGAAAAAAUCUCUAAUCAUUUUGUCUUCUUAUUGUUUUUGUUUAAAAGCUUGGGAAUCAGUCACAAUGAUCUGUCACUUCUUUUAGAAAGAAAUUGUGACAGAUUCUAAGCUUGAAAAGCGACAGCUUACUUAACUCACAUGGAAACAUUUAGAUAAAUGUCUCUUCUGAAAACAACUUAGCCAGAACAGGACUAUUUGUUUAAAUUGUCUUUUUUUUUUUUUUAAUCCUUUCUUAUCUAUCUCAGUUACUUGUUGGCUAGCCUAUAUGUAUCCAUUUCACUUUAGAAUUUUAGUUUUUGUCCUGUCCCAGGAUUUUAUAGGUCUAGGAUUAUGCAAACCGGUGUAUUUUUUUUUUUUUAAAUGACCUCCUUUGUAUCAUUUCUCCAAUCAAAAACCUGUUUUGGAUGCCA